GGUCCGAAUGGGCCCGACGCUGGGUCUGGUGGGACUACCUUCGUGACUACUUUCCACUGCGCCUUGAAAAGACGGUCGAAUUGGACCCCACCAGAACGUAUAUGUUCUGUGUGUUCCCACAUGGUGUACUGAGCACUGGGGCAUUCCUAAGUUUCGCUACUGAAGCAAGCAAAUUCAGUAAACUGUUUCCAGGCCUCAGACCAUAUCUUGUCACUCUUGCGGGACAUUUCAUUAUUCCAUUCAUCCGCGAACUGUCUCUUGCACUUGGUGGCUGCCCUUCGUCGGUGGAAGCAUUGAGUUACGUGUUGAGUCGACCGGGCAAUGCCGUAGCGUUAGUUGUAGGCGGUGCAUCGGAGUCAUUGGAGUGUCGACCUGGAACGUACAAGAUCAUCUUGAAGAGACGAAAAGGUUUCGUAAAGCUGGCCUUAAUGCACGGGACUCCUUUGGUUCCUGUGUUCUCAUUUGGUGAGACAGAUCUUUAUGAUCAGGUGAACAACCCCAAAGGUUCAUGGUUACGAUGGGCCCAGGAACUUUGUAGAAAGAUGACUGGGAUUGCACCUGUUCUUCCUCUUGGUAGAGGCCUCUUUCAGUACUCAUUUGGAAUAGUUCCACAUCGUCGGCCAGUCACCACAGUCGGAUAUUCUCUGAAAAGUCAAUUGUCACUUGGCUUGUCAAAGAAUAGCCCAUUUUCUUUAUGGAACCUGAAGGAUCAUCACCAUGUUCAUGAAAGCCCAGCAGAGGAUUCUAUCCCGAACUAA